CAACGAUAUCUGGGACUGGAUAAGAGAGCUCUUGCCGCAGACGAAGUGCAACACUCUCGAACAAAACUGCCGGUGCAAUUCUCUCACCCAUGGCUUCGCUGGCUUCCCGCUUGCGCAUUUCUCUGCAAAAUGGGCAACGUAUGAAACUGUCUCCAUGCGUGCUUCGGCCUGGCCUCAGUAAAAAUCGGACUGUCCUUGUGAAGGCGACGGUCGAGGUUGCCCAAGUUGCAGGCGCCCUGACCUCAGCUGACAUUGCAAGCGCACUCUCAACAGUUCCCCUGCAAGACGCUUCAAAAUUUUUACUCGAGCACCCCGUCGCAACGUUCAGCCUUUCGGUAGCUGCGCUCUUCAUCCUACCCAAACUAAUCGAGGCUUUCAUCCGGUACCUCGCCGCCCCCGUCGCCAUCGCCCUGCUGGCCUUCUAUGUCCUGGAGUUCCCCGAGGACUCGGCCGUCAUCAUCACCACGGUACUGGACUGCAUCAACUCCAACCCCGAGGUGACCUCCGUGGUGGUUAUCGGCCUGGCACUCUUCGGUCUGGCUCCGGCGCUCUUGACAGCCCUGGGCGCCACUGCGCUGGUUUACGCGCUCUUGUCGGUGUCCUUCGGUACUCAGCUUCCUGAGGUCCGGGAGAUGCAGGGCUCCUUUGGGGAGACGGUGACCAAGGUGCAGAUUUUCAGCAGCAUUGCCGCGAAGCGCUUUGAGCAGCUGCUGAAAUGA